AUUAAACAAUAAUAAUUAUUAUAAUUGAAUAGUAAUGAAAAUCCAUCAGGAUUUUAUGUUAAUCAAAUUUUAAAAUAUAGUUUAUUAAUCGUUAUAGAAUCAAGUUUAAAUAUUUAUCAAGAUUCCAUCGAUAAUUCAGAAACUUCAUUACCGACUUUCAAUAUAUAAAUAAUGCUAUUUAGUUUAUCACGAGGAUCGUGAGACUUGUCUGCGUCUUAUUCUUCUCGCGACACAACAGAUCGUAUUUCUCACAUUGACGGAAAAUUAAUGAUUAACAGCAUUACACAGUUAACUAGAACUAGUUUUCAGUGACCUCAAAAUUUCAAACAGUUCUCAAAAGAUUCAAAAGUUACUACUGACACGAAUAUAAUCAAGACACAUUUGUAUAUAACAUUACAAUAGUAAUGUUUUGAAGAAAGCCAUCUACAAAUAAAACAAAUUACGGUCAAUGAGAUAGAUGUGAUUGGAGAUAAUUUAAGAGCUAUAAAACUCAAUGAAGUUUGAAGACGUUGGAAUUUUAUAUAUAGGAAUACACUGGAACCUCGAUUAUUGAGACUCGACAAAAGUACGUUUACCAGAUCCAUCAAUGCCAGUCAAUCGAUGCGAGUCUGAAUAAUCGACGUUUCAGUGUCAUUAUUCGAAUUAUAUAAAGAAACAAAAUAAUAUAUUUUGAAAAAGAGCGGGAUUGUUAUUUAAAAAAAAUAAAGACAGUAGUGCGCAGAACGGGUUGCCUUCAGAAUCAAAAGUCCUGGGAAAAGAACAGUGUGUGUAAACAUUGACAGCUGUUGAUAAGACUAUAAUUGGAAUUUUUAUUAAAUAUAAUCAUGAGUACACACGGACAAUUGAAGACAUUCAUUGGCAAAGCAUGGUCACGAGGAUGGGAGCAUAGAAGCGGGAGUGACUUUCGUGUUAGGGGUACAAGGGGAAUGGGAGGCGGUGCUUUAGUCUUUACUAGUGCAGUGGGCCAGUCUGGAACAACUUUUCUACAACCGGUGUCACUUCAAAACAAUCACAGUAAAAGCAUGACCAGCGCUGAGAAGAAAGUCCUCACAGAGGAUAAUGUUUAUUACAAUUUAAAAAUCAUGGAAUAUGCAGUUCGUGGUCCACUUCUUCUUCGGGCCAAUGAAAUCGAAAAGGAAUUACAAAAGGGAGCCCAGAAGCCAUUUAAAUCCGUAAUUAAAGCGAAUAUUGGAGAUGCACAUGCAAUGGGCAAUAAGCCGAUCACAUUUUUACGACAAGUAUUGGCUUUGACAGUAAAUCCAGAACUUUUGGAUGAUCCAAAUUAUCCGGAGGAUGCUAAGGAACGUGCAUCGACAAUCCUGAAAAAUUGCGGAGGUGGCAGUGUUGGUUCGUAUUCGGCGUCUCCUGGUAUUGAAAUUAUCAGAAAACACGUAGCGCAAUAUAUUCAAGAGCGAGAUGGCUUUCCCAGCGAUUACAACAAUAUUAUGUUGGCCAAUGGGGCUUCGGAUGCUAUUAAAUCGUUCUUAAAACUUUUCAAUGAGCCAGUCGAUGGAAAACCAUCAGGAGUAAUGAUACCAAUUCCACAAUAUCCACUCUAUUCUGCUAUAUUAGCUGAAUUUGGUCUAUCGCAAAUUGGCUAUUAUUUAAAUGAGGAGAAUAAAUGGUCUCUCGAUAUCAGCGAACUCGAGAGGGCUUACAAAGAGGCUGAAAAAAAAUGUAAACCAAGAGUAUUGGUUGUGAUAAAUCCUGGAAAUCCCACUGGUCAAGUUUUGACACGUGAAAAUAUAAUUGAUGUCAUUAAAUUUGCCCAUAAACAUAAUCUAUUUUUAUUGGCUGACGAGGUUUACCAGACAAACAUUUAUGAUAAAAAUUCUAAAUUUUAUGCAUUUAAGAAAAUCGUUAAUGAAAUGGGAAAACCGUAUUCUCAAAUGGAGCUUGCAUCAUUUAUGUCAGUCUCGAAAGGUUUUUCAGGCGAGUGCGGUCUUCGUGGUGGUUAUGCCGAGAUUGUUAAUUUGGAGCCGGCUGUGAUGGCAGUUUUGAUGAAGUCAAUUUCGGCAAUGUUAUGUCCAACAGUAUUAGGUCAAGUUGCAAUGGAUGUUGUCGUUAAUCCUCCGAAAUCUCAUGAACCCUCUUACGAAUCGUUCAUGAAGGAAAGACACGAAACAUUAGAAUCUUUGGCGGAAAGAUCUCGAUUGGUUGUCGAUACACUUAACGAAAUCCCCGGAUAUAAGGCUAAUCCAUCAAUGGGUGCGAUGUACGUUUUUCCGAAAAUUGAUCUCCCUGAGAGAGCGAUUAAGGAGGCAAAAGCCAAAAACAUGCAACCCGAUGUAUUUUAUGCAUUUAAGCUCUUGGAAGCUACUGGAAUUUGCAUCAUACCCGGCAGUGGUUUUGGACAAAAACCGGGAACAUAUCAUUUUCGUACAACAAUUUUGCCACAAAAAGAAAUGAUCAAAUCUAUGCUUAAUAGUCUCAAGGAAUUUCAUAUAAAAUUCCUUAAAGAAUAUAGUUAAAAUGACAAUAAUAAAAUUCGAUAAAGAAAGAAAAUUUCAAUGCUGACAAAUAAUAAUUUUAAUGUACUUAUAAUAUAUACAUGUUUGAAAAUCAAAAAAAAGAAAAACGUUCGACUUUUGUCGAUUGGUCAAAAUAACUGAAUUAUUAUUAAAUGUCGUUGAUUUGUAAAUAGCACUUUAAUCAUAUAUAAUAUUGUUGAUAUUUGUGCUUUCGAUUAUAUUGAUUAAAUUUUACAAGAAAAAAGAA